GAAGCCGAAGGCCCCCAGGUGCCUUUCUCAUGACCCUAGCCCAGGUGCCUAUUCCCCACCCCUUGCUGCAACAGAAUCGAGCAGGUGGUCAAACAAUCCUGAGAACUGCAACCGGGCAAAACGGUCUUGAGAAUCAAUCUUGAGUUGUCACCACACUAUGUUCCUGCUCACUGGACCAGCUAUAGCCCAUGUUCCUUUCCCAGACCCCCCUACUUCUCUUUCCCAUGCUUUUUCCUAUAUAAGUUGUAUCCUGAGAGCAAUAAACUGAGACCUUGGCAACAAUCAGCCUCGUCUCCCUCCUCUUUCUCGCUCAUUUCUCCUCAGGCUGGAUCCCCCCUCGAAGCCCACACGAGUAACGAGGUCUCGGUGGACGAGACAGGUGGCGCCCAAACGUGGGGCUUGGGGCAGGGACCCUUGCCAGACGGACCCCAGAGAAAUCGUCCGGACCCCAGAGAAAUCGUCCGGACCCCAGAGAAGUCGUCCGGACCCCUGCUGUUUAAAGUUUCAGCCGCUGAGAGGGACUCGGUAGAGAGCUUGAUAAAUUGCUGACACUCCCUAACAGUGGGAGUUUGGCUAGCUCUCUGCGGAGCCCCUUUCCCGGCUCCCGAGUUGAGGACUUAUUUCGCCGCUCAGGAAGGCCCCAGUCCUCGGUAAGUGAUUUCGUCCGUCUCAUAAGAAAUGGGCCAUAAGUUGUGUAAUGAACAGGCUUUAAUAAAGGAUUUCAAAGCCUCCCUCAGGGAAAGAGGAGUUAGGGUUAAAAAGAAAGAUUUAGUUAAAUUCUUUUUGUUUGUUGAUUUAGUUAAAUUCUUUUUGUUUGUUGAUUUAGUUAAAUUCUUUUUGUUUGUUGAUUUAGUUAAAUUCUUUUUGCUUGUUGACUAUGCCUGCCCUUGGUUUCUUGUGAAUGGGCCAGACAUCCAUCCCAAAAAAUGGCAAAAGAUUGGGAAAGAUUUAAAUGUCCAGCUCUCCACAGAGCUGUCUUCCUUACAAAGUUCUCUCAAACAAACCGUCCUCCCGAUUUCAGGCCCAGGGUCUGCCCCUCCCUCGCUGCCACAUAAAAAGGUCCCUAUUAGCAGAUCAAAGAACCUGAAAUUUGUCUUUCCUGUAAUGACUCGCUCUAGCAAGCUCACUGCCCCUCCCACUGAUAAUUCCCCCUCAUCCUCUGCUGAGGUGCCCGCUGCAGGCACAGACACUCAGGAUGGGUCAGAUAGCGGGGAGGAGGAUGACAAAGAUGAAAAUGAAAAUGAGGAAAAUGAUCAGGCUGCACAAGACACCCCUCCAAGGAAGUUCCGUAAGCUUAAUUUUAAAACCUUAAAAGACUUAAAUGCCGCAGUCAAAGCCUACGGACCUAAUGCCCCCUUUACCCUUUGGGCCCUUGAGGCCAUGUCUCACUGCAGCUACCUGCUCCCCUCUGAAUGGGUUCGUGUAGUUCAAACAGUCUUGUCACAGGGCCAGUUUCUGACUUGGAAGGCAGAUUUUUUUGAUUGCUGCCAGUCCACGGCCGCUGCUAACUUAAAACCUCCUCAGCUGUUCUUAGGUUUUGAGCUACUUCCCAACAAAGUCCUUUCCCAGAAAAACUUAUUGCGAACGGACUGUUUGUAUACUCUUAAUGAUUUUCAGAAACUUCUCGGUGAUAUCAAUUGGCUCAGACCUUACCUAAAACUCACAAUGGGGGAAUUAAAACCUCUCUUUGACAUCUUAAGAGGGGACCCUGAUCCCUCCUCCCCACGCUCAUUCACCCCUGAGGCACGAAAAGCCCUGACCACGGUAGAACAUGCCAUCCAUGAACAACACAUAGGAUAUUAUGCCCCUAAUCAACCCUUCUGGCUUCUCAUAUUCCCUACUCCCUUUGCCCCCACAGGCUUGCUCUGGCAACAGAAAUCAUUGUUUUGGGUCCAUUUAUCCGCAUCUCCCUCCAAAAUCCUACCCACAUACCCUCACUUGGUUGCUACCCUCCUCCGCCUCGGUAGGGGGGCCGCUUUGAAACUCUUUGGCAGGGACCCUGACCACAUUGUUUCCCCCUACACAACCUCCCAAGUGCAAUGGCUAGUUCAAAAUAAUGAUGAUUGGGCCACCAGCUCCAUUUCUUUUCAGGGAACUAUUGAUAACCACUUCCCCUCUGAUAAAUUGACUCAAUUCUUGCAAAGAACGCCUGUUGUCUUCCCACAGGGGACAAAGUCUGUUCCAAUUAAAGGUGCCCGGCUAGUUUUCACUGAUGGGUCAGCCUCAGGCAUUGCGGCUUUCAGUAUUGAAGGUCAAGUCUCCCGCUUCAAAACAAACUUUACCUCGGCACAGCUGGUUGAGCUCGCUGCUAUCAUUAGAGUUUUUGAAUUGUUAACAGAACCCUUCAACUUAUACACUGACAGUUCCUACGUGGCACACUCUGUCCCCCUCUUGGAAACAGCACCGUAUAUUCGCCCUUUGACCAAUGCCUCCCCCUUGUUUGCAGAACUUCAGCACCUAAUCCUUGCCCGCACCGAACCCUUUUUUAUCAGUCACAUUCGUGCCCACUCUGGCCUCCCUGGGCCACUAGCAGAGGGAAAUGACAAAGUGGAUCAAGCUACCCAACUCAUAGCCGCCACCCUCUCAGUCACCCCGCUUGCUGCCGCACAGCAGGCCCAUGCCUUGCAUCACCUUAAUGCCAAUACUCUUAGGCUGAAAUAUUCUAUCACUCGGGAACAAGCACGCCAGAUCGUGCGGCAGUGCAAGGGCUGUCUAACCCUCUUGCCCGAGCCUCAUUUGGGAAUAAACCCCCGUGGCUUAGUCCCUGGUGACCUAUGGCAAAUGGAUGUCACCCACCACCCACCUUUUGGUAAACUAAAAUACAUUCAUGUUUCUAUAGACACCUUUAGUGGCUUCAUUUUUGCUUCUCUGCAGACAGGAGAAGCUUCCAAACAUAUGAUCUGUCAUGUUCUUGCCUCUCUAGCUGUUGCCCCCAGACCUAAAAUUCUCAAAACCGACAACGGCCCAGGCUAUACUAGUUCCACCUUUAAACAGUUCUGUGCCCAGAUGGAAAUUAAACACAUUACUGGCAUACCUUAUAACCCCCAGGGUCAAGGAAUUGUUAAAAGAGCUCAUCAAACUUUAAAAAAUAUGAUCUCAAAAUUACAAUCAGGGGAAGAAAUGUUAUACCCCAAAGCGGGUAAUUUUAAAACUCUUUUAAAUCAUGCAAUGUUUGUGUUGAAUUUUCUUACUUAUGAUAUUGACGGCAAAUCUGCCGCUGACCGCCUUUGGCAUUCAUCCACAGCCAAUACUUAUGCACAGGCCAUGUGGAGAGACCCCUUGUCCAACAGGUGGCAGGGUCCUGACCCGGUCCUCAUCUGGGGCAAAGGACACGCCUGCAUUUAUGAUUCACAGGCACAAAAUGCCAGAUGGCUCCCAGAGCGUCUAAUCAAACUUCACAACCCACCCAGGGAAUCCCCUGAGAAGGCCUUUUCACUGUGCUUAUUUUCAGGAACCCACAAGAUGAGCACACUCACCUUUGGAAUUCUCCUCUGCUGGGGCACUGUCUGGAAUCCCUCCGAUGCAAGCCAAUCCUAUCAGGCUUUCAACUACACCUGGAUGGUGAUGAAUAUGUGGGGCAACAUCAUCUGGAGCACUUCACGAAUCACAGCCUCGGACUGGUGGCCCACCCUAUACCCAGAUCUCUGUAAAUUAGCUUUGGGGGCCCCACCAGAUUGGGACCUGGUAGACUAUCUUAAUCAACAAAAAGCUCCCUCAGACACUCACGGUCCAUAUAUGGAAGGGGCCGGUGGUUGUAGCACGCAGGACAGAAGGACUGAACUGCGCACAGUCCCCUUUUAUGUUUGCCCCGGCACUCAUAGAGACCGUUCCUUAAUCCAUGAAUGUGGAGGCCCCGAUGACUAUUAUUGCCGUAGCUGGGGCUGUGAGACCACAGGUGAUACUUACUGGAAUCCCUCCUCCCCCUGGGACUAUAUUACAGUUACUGCCAACUAUACCCACCACUCUUACUACAUCUUUAGCUGGGUCGAAAUACCAGAGUGCUCCGGGUGGUGUCACCCUUUAAAAAUUCAAUUUACCGACCCAGGCAAAAAGUACACUUCCUGGACCCAAGGUGUUACAUGGGGCCUCAGACUCUACAAGAGUUACUAUGAUGAUGGGUUAAUAUUUACUAUAAAACUCCUUAAAGGUACCCCUGGCCAGUAUAAAACCGUGGCCAUUGGCCCUAAUCCUGAACUCCACCCAGGUCCUGGUCAGGGACAGGCUCAUAAGCCCGCCCUACCGCCUAUUCCCCCUACUCCCCCCUAUGGUGGAAUGUUUCGCCCAACCCUCCCUAAGGGCCCCCCUUCUUCUGCCGAGCUCAUUCUUUCCUUGAUUAAUACCUCUGUCCAAGCUGUCCGCAAGCUCAACAAUACCCUCCUGAAAGAUUGCUGGGUUUGUUAUUCUUCCUCCCCCCCUUUUUAUGAAGGCAUUGCCCAUUUUGGAAAUCCUGUGUUUACCAAUGACCCUUCCCCCUUACAUUGGGGAAGUGAUAAUAAGCAUGGCCUCACCCUCAGUAAAAUUACUGGCCUAGGACUAUGCCUUUUAGGACCCAACAUGCUGCCUCCUUUACAGCUAAGGGAGGUAUGUGACCAAACCAUUACAAUUACUCCAGCCUUCACGUACGUGGCUGCCCCUAAUGAUUCAUACCUCGCUUGCUCCUCCGGCCUGACCACAUUUAUUGUUACAACCCACUUUGUCAACAAAAAGGAUUACUGUGUGGUGGUCUCCCUCUUCCCCCACCUUACAAUCCAUGAUCCAGAUGACUUUUUAAGAUUCUGGGAACGGGGAACUGACCCACGGAUCAGGAAGAAAAGGGAGCCCUUGACGGCUGUCACCUUGGCCGUCCUUAUAGGACUAGGAUCUGUGGGUGCCGGAACAGGGAUUGCCUCUCUGGUUACAUCCAACAACCAGUAUGCCCAGUUAAGUGCGGCCAUUGACAAAGAUCUCCAAGAGCUACAGUCUGGCCUUGAGUAUCUCAAGGACUCUGUUGCCUCUCUGGCUGAAGUAGUCUUGCAGAACAGAAGAGGCCUAGACCUACUAUUUUUACAACAGGGAGGACUUUGUGCUGCCCUAAAAGAAGAAUGCUGUUUUUAUACUGAUAAGCUAGGCCUUGUAGAAAAUAGUAUACAAAAAAUCAAAGAAAGCCUAGAAAAAAGAAAAAACAAGAGGGAACAACAAGAAUCUUGGUAUCAGAACUGGUUUUCUACAUCCCCCUGGCUUUCCACCCUCCUCCCUAGUCUUCUAGGACCCCUCGUAGGCCUAUUGCUAUUGCUUUCUUUUGGUCCAUGGGCUUUUAACAAACUAACCAGCUUCGUUAAGUCACAGGUCAACUCGGCCCUGCGAAAACCUAUUGCAAUCCAUUACAUCGACACUCGUGAGGGUCUCCCAUCCCCCACCAUUGCCCCUGAGGGCCUCCGGUUUUCCACCUUGGCCAUUGAAAUCGAGUCUCCGUGGUAUUUAAGGGUGUGGAGGCGCCUCCGGGAGACACGAUCUCAUCCAUAAUUUUCAGGCUAUUGCUGUGGAAGAGCCAAUGACGGGAAUAUUGUGGCCCCAUGAUCCAGGAACAUCAUACCUUAUGGCUGCAGGGACACCCAAUGACGGGAUUAUUGUGGGUCCGUUUUCCAGAUGCACACCCCGGCAGGAAAGAAAAUGCUGGGGUGCUGGGACGGAUGCAGCCCACAUAGCCUAAGACAGGGGUCCUGCCCUUUCCUGGCCCUGAGGGCCUGGUUAUUUAGGUACUGGAUAUGGAUACAGGCCACAUAGCCUAAGACAGGCCUUCCACCAGCCC